AUGGCGAUCGACAACCCAAGUGAAGAUCCCGCCGAUAACUUCAAAUUCUUUGGGUUGGGAGGAUGCAAUGAGGUGGGCAGAUCCUCCCAUAUUUUGGAGUAUAAAAAUAAAGUCAUCAUGUUGGAUUCUGGUGUCCAUCCAGGUCUCAGUGGAAUGAACUCCUUGCCUUUCUUUGACGAAUAUGACCUAUCAAAGGUCGACAUCUUGUUGAUCAGUCAUUUCCAUUUGGAUCACGCUGCUUCGUUGCCAUAUGUUAUGCAACAAACCGGCUUCAAAGGUCGUGUUUUCAUGACUCACGCCACAAAAGCCAUCUACCGUUGGUUACUUUCGGAUUUCGUUAGAGUGACAUCAAUGACUGGAGGGGGCGAUGAAGCUAGGUCUGAGAACAACUUGACUAAUGCCUCAGGCUCUGCCAAUCUAUACACAGAUGAAGACUUGAUGGUAUCGUUCGACAGGAUCGAGACAAUAGAUUACCAUUCCACUAUUGAGGUUGAUGGUAUCCAUUUCACAGCUUACCACGCUGGUCACGUUCUCGGUGCAUGCAUGUACUUCGUUGAAGUUGGAGGACUCAAGGUACUCUUCACCGGUGACUACUCUAGAGAAGAAGAUCGUCAUUUGAAGGUUGCGGAGGUUCCACCCACAAGACCAGAUGUUUUGAUUACGGAAUCAACAUUUGGUACUGCCACACACGAACCUAGACUCGAAAAGGAAUCUCGUUUGAUGAAAUUGAUUCACUCAACAAUUCUCAAGGGUGGCCGUAUUCUCAUGCCUGUUUUCGCCUUGGGAAGAGCUCAGGAGUUGCUUCUUAUAUUGGAGGAGUACUGGUCCCAAAACAAGGACAUCCAGAACAUCAAUAUAUACUACGCCUCUAACCUUGCCCGAAAAUGUAUGGCUGUGUACCAAACAUACACUAGCAUCAUGAAUGACAGCAUCAAGGUGAACGCAGCUGGCUCUCACAAGUCAAACCCAUUUGAUUUCAAGUUCAUCAAAUCAAUCAAAAGUGUGGACAGAGUUCACGACAUCGGCCCAUGUGUGGUCGUAGCAUCUCCGGGUAUGUUGCAGAGUGGUGUCUCCCGUCAGCUUCUAGAAAGGUGGGCACCAGAUCCGAAAAAUGCAGUCAUCAUGACUGGUUAUUCCGUGGAGGGAACUAUGGCGAAAGACCUCCUUCGUGAGCCAGCCGCCAUCCAAUCGAUUAACAACCCCGAGAUGAAUAUCCCCAGACGUAUUACUGUCGAUGAGAUAUCUUUUGCAGCUCAUGUAGAUUUCAUCGAGAACUCGGGUUUUAUAGAUGAAGUGAGUCCUAAAAAGAUCAUUUUGGUACAUGGUGACAGUAACCCCAUGGGAAGACUCAAAUCGGCUUUGCUCAGUAAGUACCUGAGCAGGAAGGGAACGGACGAAGAAGUGAAGGUAUUUAAUCCUAGAAAUUGCGAGGAGGUCACAAUUGGCUUUAAGGGUGUAAAGUUGGCCAAAGUUGUUGGACGCCUUGCAGAGACCAACAUGAAAUUAAUAAAGAAGGCGGUCCAGGAGGCCCAAACUAAGCCAAAAAUUGAAGAGGUUGACGAUAAGGUUGAAAAGGAGGAGGGAAACAAAGACAAGAAGGAAGAUGGUGAGGCAGGCAGCGAGAAGGAGUCUGAUAGAAAGGUCAUCAAUACUGGCGUCAAACUUUCAGGAGUGCUUAUAUCCAAGGACUUCGACAUGAAUAUAAUGAGUCUUGACGAGUUGCCUGAGUAUUCGCAGCUCACGACAUCGACGGUCAAAUCGAACGCAAAACUCAAGGUGCAUGCGAAUGUGUCUUUGGUCCAAUGGCAUUUGGAACAAAUGUUUGGCUAUAUCAAUGUGGUGAACGACGAUAAUGAAACCUGGGAAUGUACUAUCAUGAACACCGUCUACAUCACUGCCAACAAGGUGGAGUCAGCAGGUGCGUUGAACGUUACCGUGGAGUGGCUCAACGACAAUUUGAUGGGAGACUCUCUCGCCGAUAGCAUUGUCGCCAUUCUCCUCUCAAUCGACUCGUCUCCUGUCUCCGUCAAGAUGACAUCUCAGCAUUGUUCCCAUGGCCAUGUUAAGCAGGAAGAGGAUGAAGAUAUGGUGAAGGAUGAUACACCUAGAAGAGCCCACGCAGACAGUACUAUCACGAGCAGAAUCAAGAGAAUUGUUUCCUUGUUGAAGUCGCAGUUUGGUGACUCCAUAACCAAAAAUGAUGGCAAGCAGGUUGUCAUAACUAUAGGUAAGAACGAGGCCACGGUUGAUCUCAACAAGCUCGAGGUUGCGUGCGGAUCAAGAGUUCUCAAAGACAGAGUUGAGAAUAUCGUUAAAAGAGGGGCCACGCUAGCAGCUCCAUUGAGCUACCCAGAAAAAAUAGUCUCUGCUUGA